AUGGCCCAACUCGAGAGUAAACUACAUUUGGGCCCAAUAACUGCACUGCAUUUCUUGGAUCACUGUAAUCUACUAUUAGCAGGUGAGGGGCCAUAUAUCAAUGUAUAUGAUACAGAUACAAAUUUGCUUGUGUCAACAUUUUGUGCACUGCCUCACCAAACAGUACAUGGAAUUAUCAGCAGAGGGCGUCACUUAUGCAUUUGGGGUGAGAAAUAUCUACAAUCCAUUGUCGUGGAGUCUCAAACAUCCUCUAAUAGAAGGUUACAAAAGAACGGAGAAGGGAUCCUUUUCCAGGACUGGAUUUUGAAUGUGUGCUGGCUAGGGACUGGAGAGGGAACUGGGGAGCAGAUUGAGGAGUCCCCUGUAGAGGUUGCUUUGGCCCUGGCUCACAACACAGUUAUACACUACAAUCUACUAACUCGGCAAACACUUCAUGUUUCACACUGUGUGGAGAAAUGUAUCUUAUAUAGUAGCAGGUUUCUUGGUUCAUGCUGGGAUGAUAUUGUACUGGCUGCAGGGACAGUGUUUAAUCAAAUUAUCAUAUGGAAACCAUCUACACAGCAGAUACAUGAAACAGAGCCACCAUCUUCUGUCCAUGAUAUAGGAGAACAAAACAGAAUUGAAGUGAUGCACCGGUUGGAUGGUCAUCAGGGGGUCAUAUUUUCCAUUCAUUUCCACCAGAAACAUGAAUACCUUGGCAGUGUCUCAGAUGACCGCAGUCUCAGAAUAUGGAAAAUAGAAGGACUCCAAUUCCAAGGGGACUUGCUGGGCUGGGACCAAGCAACAUUUACUGUGGUCCAUGUAUUAUUUGGUCACUCUGCCAGGCUAUGGGAUUUCUGUAUAUUACAAGACUAUUUUGUCACAAUUGGAGAGGAUGCCACAUGCUGUGUAUGGAACCAUCAAGGAAAUGUUGUUACCAAAUUCACAGGUCAUAAGGGUAAAAGCAUUCGUGCUCUUGCAGUCAAUGAUGAAGAAACCAUUGUGGCAUCAGGAGGAGGGGACACUAGUAUUAGACUUUGGUCCUUGAAGCGUGACAAAGACCCUACAACAUCAACCGUACACAUAAACACUCACCCAUCUUCCCUAAGAGAUGGGGUCUCUUCAACAGAUUCCACAGAAAGUGAUACAAUUUCCUCAAAAUGCCAAACUGUAUCCAUGUCAAAUGAUUCAGCAACUCCUAGGAGUGUUGGCAUAGUGGAUCACACAGGCAUUCUUGUCAUGACACACCAAGGAGCCCUUAUUUUUGAAAGUGAUGGGGAGUGCAAGGUACUAAUGGAAGAGCCAUCUUAUAGCUCUUACAGUGUGAUGUCAUUAUCACCAUGCCAACAUCUGGUUGCUAUAGGAAAUAUUCAUGGUUAUCUGAGAGUGCUGAAUAUUCAGACAGGGAUGGUGUCCAAUUAUCAACAGUUGUGGAAAAAAGAAACUAGUUUCCCUACACAGCCAAUAUAA